AUGUUGCUCGAUUCACACAAUAGCCUUGGCCUCGCAAUGGGAGACUACGAGUCCAAUUUUCAGCUCCCGUUUUUCGAAAUGCAACAUUUGGAUCAUCAAUUGGGCGAAACAUCAAAUUCAAUACAAACCCAAGCGUUUGGGAUCACUCCUGAAUCCAUUGCUCAAAGCUCUGGAAGUUUUCCGCAAGAUGAAAACUCCAGUGCUAUGUCUACGUCGAAUCCUCACUGGCCCUCCCUUCCAAGUAAGACGUCUCACCCAAGUGAAGACCAUGAGCGGCAGAUCAGGAGGUCCGCGGAUACCCACGGCUUCUCUGACUUACCAGGCGGGUUAUUCGACGAAUUACUAGACAUUUGGUUCGACAAGAUCCAGUCAUUCUUACCGUUGCUUCAUCGACCACGUUUCAUAGAUAAGAUAUCCAGCAUUCGAGAUGGCGAAGAACUUAGCUAUCGGAAUCUUGACUGGGAGACGUCUCUUCUCCUAAAUGCAAUGUUCGCAAUGGCUGCACGGUUCUCCAACUCGCCAUACUUUUCUGGUCAGCCAAUACCAGAGCGCGGAGAGCAUUUCGCCAAACGGGCUAAGAGACUUUAUGAGACUUCUCUACCUCAUCUCAGAGCUCCUACCUUGAUUUAUCUGCAAGGCCUCACAGUACUCGCGUUUUACCUUUACGCAAUGGAGCCAAAUCCUCAAGGGUGGGUUUUGAUCGGUAUCUGCUCAAGACUUGCGUAUGAGCUUGAGCUAGACAAAAUCGACGAAGAUCCCGAGAUAACCAGGUCGCAACUGACUGGACACGAGGAGUGGAGCAGGCAGGAAGAGCGACGACGAACAUGGUGGUGUAUUUGGGAGCUUGACGGUUUUGCCGCCGCUAUCGCAUGUCGCCGUCCAACAAUCGAUAAGCGGAAUAUGCAAACUAUGCUCCCCGUUUCUGACGAAACAUGGUUUUCGAACACGCCGGUGGAAUCCGCUAUUAUUGACCCAAUGCUAACCAAGGCGUGGCAGACUUUGGAAAAAUGCGAAAAUCAAGACGUCCGCGCUUGGUUUCUUAUCGCUAAUUUUCUUCUUUUGUCUGCACAUGACUUAGCACAAUCUAAGCGUUCAUCGAAACAGGAAGUCAAUGCUCUUGAAACGGCUGUGUCGUGCUUCUUUCUAAUGAUGCCUUCCGAAUUCAACCUUUCUUCUCCAUCCCUUUCAUUCACGGACCGAACAUAUCGACGAAGUAACUGGAUUAUUUCAAUGAAUAUCAUGCUACAAGGGACUUUUAUUUUCCUUCGAUUUGUUGGUGAAAGCGCCGCGGCCAAGAUACCCCGCAACCCAAACAACCAUUUCUUAGCUCCUCUGGCUGCGGGUUCCCAUUUCAAAAUUUGCACAUCCGCCUAUCACGUUAAUGCAGAACAGAUAUUUACAGCUGUUCGGCUCUGGAAUCCCGCAUACGUUGCGCUACAUACGCCCUUCAUAGCUUGUCUGGUUAUCGGACCAGCUGCCAUCAAUCUACGCACGGCGAUCGAAAUCAAAAAGGACCCAGAUACGUAUCCGCAGUUCACAGGUUUGGAGCUUGAACUGCUCUCUCUGGCAUUGCAAAAGGUGGGAAGAUACUGGAAAUUCGGGUCGAUUCUACAUGGUAAGCAAAUUCUUUUGUUGUAA